AUGGCGGCCGCACAGGUGAUUUCCAAUUCAGGGCACGAAGACAUGAUCCAUGAUGCCGGCUUGGACUACUAUGGACGCCGGCUAGCGACAUGCUCUUCCGAUAAAACGAUUAAGAUAUUCGAGAUUGAGGGCGAGACACACCGCUUGGUCGAGACCCUGAAAGGCCAUGAGGGUGCGGUGUGGUGUAUCGCCUGGGCGCACCCCAAAUACGGCACGAUUCUCGCUUCCUCGUCGUACGACGGCAAGGUCCUGAUCUGGCGUGAGCAACCGCAGAACGCGACCAGCCCCGUCGGUGGCAGCACAUGGAGCAAGGUCUUCGACUUCUCCCUGCACACGGCGUCCGUAAACAUGGUAUCAUGGGCCCCGCACGAGAGUGGCUGUCUCCUGGCCUGCGCAUCCUCCGACGGCCAUGUCAGUGUUCUCGAGUUCCGUGACAACAGCUGGACCCAUCAGAUCUUCCACGCGCACGGGAUGGGUGUCAAUUCCAUCAGCUGGGCGCCUGCUGCCUUUGCGGGCAGCCUGAUCAGCUCGAACCCCGGGCCGGGGCAGCAGAGACGGUUUGUCACCGGUGGAAGCGACAACCUGAUCAAGAUCUGGGACUAUAACACCGAAUCCAAAUCCUACAGCCUGACCCAAACCUUGGAGGGCCACUCGGACUGGGUCCGCGACGUCGCCUGGUCGCCGAGUAUUCUCUCCAAGUCUUACAUCGCCUCAGCCUCGCAAGAUAAGACGGUUCGCAUUUGGACUUCUGAUGCGGCCAACCCGGGCCAGUGGUCCAGCCAAACACUCGAAUUCGAUACUGUCUUGUGGCGCGUCAGCUGGAGUCUCAGCGGUAAUAUUCUGGCUGUCAGCGGCGGUGACAACAAGGUCAGCUUGUGGAAGGAGAACCUGAAGGGCCAGUGGGAGAAGGUGAAGGACAUUGAGGAGUAG